AUGUCUCUCGCCUUUGCCUGGAAGACUUCUGCGCCGCAACAUUCAUCAGACAACUUCACUUGCUAUCAGCAAAGUCGGGUCAAGAUGGACAAAUCCGAAAUUCUCGCGUUCGCGCGCGAGUACUCGAGCAAAAAUAUCGACCUGUACGAACUUCUUGGUAUCGAUUCUCUUAAAGCAGCAGACGCCAACGAAGUCAAGCGCGCGUAUCGAAAGCAAUCCAUUAAAUACCACCCGGAUAAGUUGGGCGAUGACUUUGACCCAGACAAAUGGCAACUACUCGAGCGCGGUCGCGAUGUUCUCAUGGACAAGGCCGCCAAGGAUGCUUAUGAUGCUGCGCGUAGCGCGGCGCUUCGGGAACAAGAACGGAGGCAAGCCAUGAACGCGAAGCGUAAGGCGGCGAUAGAGGACCUCGAGGCUAGAGAACGAGGCGAGGUUCCCAAACGACUUAGAAAAGAGGAGGAUACUGGUAUGAGCGCUGCAGAAAGACAACAACUCAACCAGGAGGGUAAUCGACGCUUGGAGAUGCGCAGGCGACAAAUGGCAGAGGCAGAGGAGAGGGAGCGGAAGGCCCAAGAGUUGGCAAACCUAGCAAAAUCAGGGCAGAAGGAGCCUAUCAAUACCCCAGAAAACCCUGUUUCGAAUUUGCAACAGAAAAUCAGUCCAGACGACGAGGACGAUCCUGAAAUUGCUGCCAUUCAGCAACGCAUCCGAGAAGCACAGGAGAAGAAGGCUGCAAAGGCCGCGAGGAAGGCAGAGAAGGCAGCACGCAAGACAGGAGACAAUGCACCAGUGCCAUCAGAUACCAGUGCACAGGCUCAAGAGAAACCCAUGUCCAAACCUCCUGCUACGGAAUCACAGGCUGACGAGAAGAAGAAGGUGCCAAAAUUCUCGUUUACUAGUCCUUCUACGGCCUCGGCUGCCACCGCACCGAAAAACGACUGGGCCACCAUGAAGGAGAGGCUAAAGGCUGCCCAAGCCGAACGAGAAAGGCGCAAAGCUGAGACUGCAUAG